GGCCCUGGGUCCUACCUAGGGUGGGAAAGGCAUCCCUGGGUGCAGCCGGGUCUCCCCUGAGGCGGGGGAGGGGUCUUCUCCCCGCCCCUCCCUCGCCUCGCCCCGCCCCGCCCCUGCACCCAGCGCCGAGAGCUCCUAGCCUCGGGUUUCCCCGGCCAGCGCGCAGGCGAGACAGAGGUGGCUCUAGGGACGGCGGGGGCCGGGCACCCGCAGCCGCCUCCGUCUCCCUCCUCACGCUAACUCUCCGGGCGCCCUCGCCCGCCGCGGGCGGAGCUCGAUCGGCGGCGCUCCAGGAUCCCCUCGCUCCCGCCCUGCCCUGUCCCUUCCUCUUCGGAGCCCCCCAGCGGCCGGCGCGGUGCAGCCCGGCGCGGCGCGAGCAGCUGCCAACGGGACAAGGGAUGAGCUGGGGUCAUUCUCUCCAAUGGCAUCUCCCCCUGGUCUGGAACUGAAGACACUGAGCAAUGGUCCCCAGGUUUCAAGGAGACCAGCCCCACUGGGCCCAGUGGUACCACCCAGGAUAGGUGUGGAGAAUGCCUGCUUCUUCUCCGAGGAGCACGAAACUCGUUUCCAGAACCCUGGGGAUGCCAGACUGGGUAUCUCCCCCAGUCCCUCUGGAGGCGUCUCCUCACUGCCCCGGUCCCAGCGGGAUGACCUUUCUUUGCAUUCAGAGGAGGGGCCAGGCCUGGAACCUGUGAGCCGCCCAGUGGACUAUGGCUUUGUUUCUGCUCUGGUUUUCUUGGUGAGCGGAAUCCUCCUGGUUGUGACAGCAUACGCCAUUCCCCGAGAGGCCCGAGUCAACCCUGACACAGUAACAGCGAGGGAGAUGGAACGCCUGGAGAUGUACUAUGCCCGGUUGGGCUCACAUCUGGACAAGUGCAUCAUUGCAGGCCUGGGGCUGCUCACAGUCGGGGGCAUGCUCCUGUCUGUGCUGCUCAUGGUCUCUCUGUGCAAGGGUGAGCUGUACCGCAGACAGACCUUCAUCCCCGGCAGGGGAUCCAGGAAGACCUACGGCUCCAUCAACCUGCGUAUGAGGCAGCUUACGGGGGAUGGGGGCCAGGUCCUAGUGGAAAAUGAGGUUGUCCAAGUCUCAGAGACCAGCUGUACCACCCAGGGCUCUUAAGUAAGAGUCCACCCUAUCUUGCUGUUUUAGCUGCAGAGCUUGGAGGGCCCCCAAACCUGGGCCUUCAAAGUGAAAUCCACAGAGAGUGCUGUGGAGGGAGUUUUGGUGCUGGGGUGGGGGCAGCCUGAGGCCUGGCUUAGGCCUUACUCAGGCAAGCACUGCUGAUGUGUUUGCAGCUUGAAGUUUUUGCAUAAGGCUUUGUUUGAGGAUGGCUUCUGCUGCUAAAAAUACAUUUUGGAAACCACUGCUCUUAGAAGAUGAGGUUACUUGGCAUUUCUCAGGGUUGGGAGUCAUGUGAAAGGUUGCCUUCAUUCUUCAUGUCUUGGGGAAUUCUGAGACCGCUACUGUCUUCAUUAGCCAAGGGAGAGUGUUGGGUGACUAUGUUGGGGUACCUUGCAGGCCUGAUCCCUUAGGAUAGAGUGUAGCUUCAUGGUGAUGGGAGAAGCCGGUUGAGGUGGGCCCCCUGCAAGCACCCCACUGACUGACCUAUAACCCUCCCCUCUCCAGACCUCAGUUGCUCAGUCUCUACAGGAGGGACUAGGACUGGGUGCCAUGGCACGGGCCACAUCUGCCCUGGGAACAGGAAGCUAGUCUGCUGCUACCCACCCUUUGAGGGAUGAGGGUGUUUGGCAGGGACCAGCCAUUCUCAGUGCCAUCUUCUGGCCUAGAAUUGAUGACUACCACUUCCAGGAGCUAGUGGUUCUCAUGGCCCAGCUACAGAGCCCUGGUGAGUGGGUUAAAUCUAAAAUUUGACACAGUGUAAAUUGGACUUUGAGGUCUGAUUUCCUACAGUGGCUAAUUUUCUGCAGUGGCACAUUUACCAAGCACAGUUUCCCCUGGGCAUCAAGGUAUAAGGACUUGGUUGUAUUUCUUUGGGCAUGCUGGGACCUUAUCACCUUCCCUCCUCAGUGGGCUAUUGCUUGGGACUGAUCUCAUUCUGGUAGCAGAAAACAAUUUUCUUUAAUGCUGGAUUUGUAAUAUCUGGCUUCCCUUCUUAGUUAAGUUCAGUUGCCAGUCAUCUGGGGAGAGGUAAGGUACAUUCAAGUGGCCUGGAUACUCCAGCCACAUAGAUUGCUGUGCAUUCUUUUGCAUGUGAAAUGUUUCCAGGACCCUUCCAAACCCUAUUUAAACUUUUGAUAAUAGAGGUAGGCAUUAUGAGGCAAGGAGAUAGUGACAGACAUUUGGGAGAGGCACUGUCCAGUCCAAAAGGUCCCAGAGGACUUCCAGAGCACAUACAUUCUAAGCUAUGGGAAGAGGCUACAAGGGUCAUUUUCAUGAGUUGUUGCUCUGGGCAUGUCCCUUAUCCUCCUUCUUGGCUGGCUGUAUAAGCCGAGAUCCUAGUUGUUGGUGAGGGAAAUCAGAGUAUGGAAUGGCAUAGGGUCCAUAGGCUGGGGAGGUCCUGACUGUGUGGAACAUGAACCUUCAGCCCAGGCAGCAUGAACAUCUGGGUAGCAUAAUAUCACAGCUUCUGAGGCAGAUCAAAUAUCUGCUCAUGCUGGCAGUUUUUGCUUGGAGCAGAGGGUUGGGGGAGGGCUGAAAGGGACAAAAUUGUGCAGCUUGGUUUUGGAGAUUCUGCUGUGGGGCUGAGAGGGCAUGGCUUAAAAAGAACAUAGCUCAAGAGAGCUAGAGGUCCCAAGGCCAGGGCUUCUUUAGAUAUGUCAGUUUUUCCCAGCUGGAGCGGGAAAUGCUGGACAAAGUGGCAAGAAGUGAUCUAGUGAGUUAACAGUAAAAUCAGACAUUGCCAGUGAUGGGCACAGCUUCUCAAAUCCAUGAUGAUGAUAAUAAAUGUAUCAAUCCAAACUGUAUGGAUUCCUGUGGCAGUAGAGGGGCAUGUUAGGCUACAUACCCACUGAAAGUGUGUGCUUGGAACUGUCCAUUCAGAUCAGUUUAAACAGGAUGAAAUUUAUUUAGGGGCUAAAUCUGCUUGAAGAUUAAGGAAUGGCAGUUUUUUUUUUGUUUUUGUUUUUUUUUUCUUUUUCUUUUCUUUUCUCUUCUCUUCUCUUCUCUUCUCUUCUCUUCUCUUCUCUUCUCUUCUCUUCUCUCCUCUCCUCUCCUCUCCUCUC